AUGAAGAUAAACUACUUUUAUGCCGUCGCAUCUCUAGCAAGACUGGCACUGGCGUUGAACUACCAACAACCCUUGCGUGGAAAUGUAAUCCACGAGAACCAUGAGAACGUGAAAUCUCCAAGCGUGGAUUUGGACAGAAUUAUCGAUGAAUCUCCCCUUUUAUCAUUCCACAGAGAAAUUGUGCAAAUUCCAUCAAUCAGUGAACACGAGCGAAGCGUUGGGAACCUCCUCUUGGACUUCAUCCGCUCGCACAACUUAACCGUCGAGAAACAAAUCGUCACAUCGGGGAGUGACACUGAGCAAGAAAGAUUCAAUGUCUAUGCAUACACUGGGGAAAACAGAUUUCCCGAUGUUCUUCUAACCAGUCACAUCGAUACUGUGCCACCAUUCAUUCCUUACUCGCUUCAUCCACCAGCCUCGGGUAACACAGAGAAUCUGACAUUCAAUCGGUCAGACCUGAUUAUCGCGGGCCGCGGCACAGUGGAUGCCAAAGCCAGUGUCGCGGCUAUACUAUUUGCUGCACUGGAAACACUGGAUGUCAACCCCGACGCCUCAAUCGGGUUGUUAUUUGACGUCGGCGAGGAAAAAAGUGGCGUUGGAAUGAAACAUUUUUCAAACUCCGACCUCAACCUAGCGCCACCUACAUUCCACACAGUCAUAUUCGGAGAGCCAACAGAGCUUAAGCUUGUCGCCGGGCAUAAAGGUACACUUGGAUUCAAGAUUAUCGCUGAAGGCAAAGCAGCGCAUUCGGGAUACCCAUGGCUCGGGAAAAGCGCGAUCUCUUCGCUUCUUCCCGUUUUAUACCACCUCGAUACCCUGCAAGAUGUCCCGCCAGAGAAAGGUGGACUUCUCCGUAGUAAGAAGUUUGGUCAAUCGACAUUGAAUAUUGGAGUCGUGCGCGCUGGCUUAGCUGCCAACGUUGUUCCUACGUAUGCCGAGGCAACGAUUUCCGUGCGUCUCGCGGCUGGAAGUCCAGAUGACACGAGAGAUAUUGUGAGGAAAGCGGUUGAAGAUGUGACUGGUGGUGAUGGAAGCGUCUAUCUUGACUUUGGGGACACAGAGAACGGCGCUCCACCACAACAUCUUGAUUUUGACGUCGACGGUUUUGACGUGAUUACUGUGAACUACGGGACUGAUAUUCCUAGCUUGAAGAUCAGUACUCAAGAAGGUCCAAAAGUGAAGCGGUAUCUCUACGGGCCGGGUAGUAUUCAUGUUGCCCAUGGCGGUGACGAGGCAAUCACCGUCGGAGAGCUUGAAGAGGCAGUGCGAGGAUACAAAAGGCUGAUCUCAGCCGCGCUGGGUGCCCACUAG